UCUCUUCCAAGCGCGAGUAAGAGGGCGCCCAUGGCGGAGCGACCACCUGUGGAAGUCGACCCGGACUUCGAGCCUCUCUCUCGGCCGCGCUCUUGCACUUGGCCGCUGCACCGGCCGGAGCUCCAGGACCCCGCCACCUCCGGCACUUCCUCGCCCGCACCGCCAGCGGCGCCGGAGCCGGGUGGGCAGCCCGAGUUCAGCCUCGGGUUACUGGAGGAGGAGCGCGCCGGCACGGAUUCCCACCCUGCGGACAGCGUCUAUCACCAGCAGCCGGAGGUCCAGGCGCCGCAGCAGGUGCCUCCUCCAGGUGCAGCCGCUCAGAGGAAGAGCAGCUCGGCCAGAAGAAACGCCUGGGGGAACCUGUCUUACGCGGACCUGAUCACCAGGGCGAUAGAAAGCUCACCCGAGAAGAGACUGACUCUGUCACAGAUCUAUGACUGGAUGGUGAAGAGCGUGCCUUUCUUCAAGGAUAAAGGAGACAGCAACAGCUCUGCGGGAUGGAAGAACUCCAUCCGACACAACCUUUCCCUUCACAGCCGCUUCGUGCGCAUCCAGAAUGAGGGAACGGGGAAGAGUUCCUGGUGGAUGUUGAACCCAGAGGGCGGUAAAAGCGGGAAGUCUCCCCGUCGCAGAGCCGUCUCCAUGGACAACAGCGCCAAGUUUGCCAAGAGCAGAGGCCGGGCCACCAAGAAGAAGGUGGCCUUUCAGGAGGAGGUGGAAGAAGAGGCAGAGAGCCCUAGUCUCCAGCAUCCUAACUGGCUGGGCAGCCCGAGCUCGCAGAGCAACGAGGACUCGGAGAGCUGGAACUCAUUCCGGACGCGGAAGAGCUCGGACGCCAGCACUCUGAGCAGCCGCUGGUCCCCUUUACCGUCUGAGCUGGACGAGCAGCUGGACAACAUGGACAUGGUGCCGUCCAUUGACCUGCUGACCUCCAGCUUCUCACAUUCCACAACGGCAGCCGUGCUGCAGGCUAAUCCCUACAGCCCUCCGGGCCUGACCCAGCACACGGAGCCGGACUACCGUAAACACAUGUACAGCCAGAUGAGGAUGAAGAGCCUUCCAGAGGCCAAGCGCAGCUACGCCUUCGACAGCCAGUACGCAGGCUCUCCCGGGCUCCUUGAGGAAACUUCAAAUGCAGACGGCGGGGACUUGACUCCCUUUCAGGGGCCACAGAUUAGUCAGGGUUUUUCUCCAGCGCCCCACUACAGCAGUCUAAGCCCUGUGCAGAGUCACCAAGUUCCUCACUCAAAUCCUCCAGCUAUUCAUAACCAGGGUCCCUCAACCUCACGAGACUUGAAUAGCUGCUACAUGAUCCCCCUGACCAGUCUGAGUCGUCUUUCAGGGGCCCCUCCUCAAAUGACCAGCCCGAGGACAUGCAUGCUUGUGUCCCAUGGUCACGCUGCUCACGCUGAUGAUGUCACGGCGGGGUACGUUAGCUGCGGUAACUACAGAGAACUUUGUGCCCCUCACCACGGCGGCCAGCGCCUGGAGCGACUGCCCAGCGACCUGGACAACAUGUCGAUUGAGAUGCUGGAGUGCGACAUGGAGAGUGUCCUUCAUGACACUCUGAUGGAUGGGGGGAUGCUGGAUUUUAACUUCGACCAUGCCGCAGGGCCUCAAGUGUUUCCCCAGAAAGUGAAGGCCACGACAAGCAAGUGGGUGUCUGGGUGAUGGUGCACCGAGGACAGCGGUCGUGGUGAAGGCCCAGACUCAGACCCCAAAGUGGAACAUAGUUUUCAAGAAAUCAAUGAACCUCAA